CCCACCUCACUCCAUGAUACAUGAGGAAAUGGAUGAACAAAAGAUCCGAGAACUCAUCAACAAGAUGAUGGAGCUGCUGACUGGAGAGGUUCCUAUAAGGUGUCAGGACGUGGCGGUCUAUUUCUCCAUGGAGGAGUGGGAGUAUGUAGAAGGACACAAGGAUCAGUACAAGGAUCAGGUCAUGAUGGAGGAUCAGCAGCCCCUCACAUCACCAGUCAGAUCCAGUAAGAGAACAGCACCAGAGAGGUGUCCCCGUCCUCUUGAUGAGCAGAAUAUGGAGGUUAUUACUACAGGGAAAGAUCUGAUCUAUAUUAAUACUACAGACAAAAAGGAAGAAGAAGAAGAGACAGAUGUGAGCGGUGAUGAGCAGUAUAAGGAGGACAUUCCUACAGGGAUUGAUCUGAUCUAUAUUAAUGCUACAGACAUAAAGAAAGAAGAAGAGACAGAUGUGAGCAGUGAUGAGCAGUAUAAGGAGCACAUUCCUACAGGAAAAGAUCUGAUCUAUAUUAAUGCUACAGACAUAAAGGAAGAAGGAGAGACAGAUGUGAGCGGUGAUGAGCAGUAUAAGGAGGACAUUUCUACAGGUAAUCGCCCAGAUUCUUGUACCAGGAGAUCAGAGGAGAAUCUUAUAUCUUCAGAUUAUAAAGCAGAUGAUGAUAUCACACAAGAUACAUAUGAAGAACAUUCCAUUAUCCCAGAUACACCCUCAGCCCUUCACAGCCAAGAUCUGUCAUCUCAUCCUUAUAUACAGGUCCUGUCUUCUCAUUCAUCACAGGAUGUUAAGAGAAAAAAAGGUCACAGAAGGGGUGUUGGACAUCACCGAGCUCAUACAGUAAAGAAACCAUAUUCAUGCUCAGAAUGUGGGAAAUGUUUUACUCACAAAUCACAUCUUGUUCGACAUCAAAGAACUCACACAGGAGAGAAGCCAUUUUCAUGUUCAGAAUGUGCGAAAUGUUUUACUCAGAAAUCAAGUUUUGUUGUACAUAAAAAAACUCACACAGAGGAGAAGCCAUUUUGCUGUGCAGAGUGUGGGAAAUGUUUUAUUGUGAAAUCACAACUUGUUCAACAUCAAAGAACUCACACAGGGGAGAAGCCGUUUUCAUGUUCAGAAUGUGGAAAAUAUUUUUCUCAGAGAUCAAAUCUUGUUAAACAUAAAAGAAUUCACACAGGGAAGAUACCGUUUUCAUGUUCGGAAUGUGGGAAAUGGUUUGCUCAGAAAUCAGAUCUUGUUAGACAUCAAAGAACUCACACAGGGAAGAAGCCAUUUUCAUGUUCAGAAUGUGUGAAAUGGUUUGCUCAGAAAUCAGAUCUUGUUAGACAUCAAAUAACUCACACAGGAGAGAAGCCAUUUUCAUGUUCAGAAUGUGGGAAAUGGUUUUCUCAGAAAUCAGAUCUUGUUAGACAUCAUAGAACUCACACAGGUGAGAAGCCAUUUUCAUGCUCAGAAUGUGGAAAAUGUUUUACUGAGAAAUCAAGUCUUGUUAAACAUAAACGAACUCACACAGGGGAGAAACCAUAUUCAUGUUCAGAAUAGUGCGGGAAAUGUUUUAGUGUGAAAUCACAACUUGUUCAACAUCAAAGAACUCACACAGGGGAGAAGCCAUUUUCAUGCGCAGAAUGUGGGAGAUGUUUUACUCAGAAAUCACAUCUUGUUAAACAUAAAAGAACUCACACAGGAGAGAAGCCAUUUUCAUGUUCAAAAUGUGGGAAAUGUUUUAAUUGGAAAUCAGAUGUUGUCCAACAUCAGAGAAGUCACACAGGAGAGAAGCCAGUUUCAUGUUCAGAAUGUGGAAAAUGUUUUACUCGGAAAUCCUAUCUUACUGAACAUGCAAGAAUUCAUACUGGAGAGAAGCCAUUUUCAUGUUCAGAAUGUGGGAAAUGUUUUACUCGGAAAUCAUAUCUUACUGAACAUGGAAGAUUUCAUACCGGAGAGAAGUUAUUUUCAUGUUCACAAUGUGAAAAGUGUUUUACUCAGAACUCAGAUCUUGUUAGACAUCAAAGAACUCACACAGGGGAGAAGCCAUUUUCAUGUUCAGACUGUGGGAAAUGUUUUACUCACAAAUCAAAUCUUGUAAAACAUCAAAAAACUCACUCAGCACUGAAGCGGUUUCCAUGUUCAGAAUGUGGGAAAAGUUUUUCAGAGAAAACAGAUCUUGUUCAGCAUCAAAGAAAUCACACAGGGGAAAAGCCAUUUUCAUGUUUAGAAUGCGGGAAAUGUUUUACUCGAAAACCAUAUCUCACUGAACAUGAAAGAACUCACACAGGGGAGAAGCUUUUUUCUUGUUCAGAAUGUGGGAAACAUUUUACUCAGAAAUCAAGUCUUGGUCGACAUAAAAUAACUCACACAGGAGAGAAGCCAUUUUCAUGCUCAGAAUGUGGAAAUUGUUUUACUAAGAAAUCCAGUCUUGUUUAUCAUAAAAGAUCUCACACAGGGGAGAAACUAUUUUCAUGUUCAGAGUGUGGGAAAUGUUUUACCCGGAAAACACAGCUUAUCAAACAUCUAAGAAUUAAUGCAGGUGAGGAGACAAUUCAGAGCAAUAAAUCCUCUAGUGGGCGCUGUCGGGCCCCUGUGUGUGAAGGAUGGGGAAGAACCCUUAACCCAAUCCCAGGGCCCCCACCUCACUCCCUGAUACAUGAGGAAAUGGAUGGAGAGAAGAUCCGAGAACUCAUCAACAAGAUGAUGGAGCUGCUGACUGGAGAGGUUCCUAUAAGGUGUCAGGACGUGGCGGUCUAUUUCUCCAUGGAGGAGUGGGAGUAUGUAGAAGGACACAAGGAUCAGUACAAGGAUCAGGUCAUGAUGGAGGAUCAGCAGCCCCUCACAUCACCAGUCAGAUCCAGUAAGAGAACAGCACCAGAGAGGUGUCCCCGUCCUCUUCUUCCACAGGAUGAUCAGGGAGAAGAUCUGAACAAUAUUAAUGCUCCAGAGACAGAUGUGAGCGGUGAUGAGCAGUAUAAGGAGAACAUUCCUACAGAAAAAGAUCUGAUCUAUAAUAAUGCUACAGACAUAAAGGAAGAAGAGACAGAUAUGAGCGGUGAUGAGCAGUAUAAGGAGGACAUUCCUACAGACAAAGUUCUGAUCUAUAUUAAUGCUAUAGAUAUAAAGAAAGAAGAAGAGACAGAUGUGAGCGGUGAUGAGCAGUAUAAGGAGGACAUUCCUACAGGUGACCGCUCAGAUUCUUGUACCAGGAGAUCAGAGGAGAAUGUUAUAUCUUCAGAUUAUAAAGCAGAUGAUGAUAUCACACAAGAUACAUAUGAAGAACAUUCCAUUAUCCCAGAUACACCCUCAGCCCUUCACAGCCAAGAUCUGUCAUCUCAUCCUUAUAUACAGGUCCUGUCUUCUCAGUCAUCACAGAAAGGUCACAGAAGGGGUGUUGGACAUCACCGAGCUCAUACAGGAAAGAAACCAUAUUCAUGUUUAGAAUGUGGGAAAUGUUUUACUGAGAAAUCAAGUCUUGUUAGACAUAAAAGAACUCACACAGGAGAGAAACCAUUUUCAUGCUCAGAAUGUGGGAAAUGUUUUACUCAGAAAUCACAGCUUGUUCAACAUAAAAGAACUCACACAGGAGAGAAGCCAUUUUCAUGCUCAGAAUGUGGGAAAUGUUAUACUAAGAAAUCACAGCUUGUUCAACAUAAAAGAACUCACACAGGGGAGAAGCCAUAUUCAUGUUCAGAAUGUGGAAAAUGUUUUCUUGGGAAAAAAAAUCUUGUUCAACAUCAAAGAACUCACACAGGAGAGAAGCCAUUUUCAUGCUCAGAAUGUGGAAAAUGUUUUACUCAGCAAACAAGUCUUCUUAGACAUCAAAUUACUCACACAGGGGAUAACUCAUUUUCAUGCUCAGAAUGUGGAAAAUGUUUUCCUUGGAAAACAUAUCUUGUUCAACAUCAAAGAACUCACACAGGGGAGAAGCCAUUUUCAUGUUCAGAAUGUGAGAAAUGUUUUACUAUUAAAUCAAAUCUUGCUGUACAUCAAAGAACUCACACAGGGGAGAAACCAUUUUCAUGUUCAGAAUGUAGAAAGUGUUUUACUGACACAUCAGGUCUUCUUAAACAUCAAAGAACUCACACAGGGGAGAAGCCAUUUUCAUGUUUAGUAUGUGGGAAAUGUUUUACUCGGAAAUCAGCUCUUCUUCAGCAUCAAAGAAUUCACACAGUAAAGAAGCCAAUUCAGAGCUGUAAAUGAUGUAGAUAACACAUCUAUAUAUUAACCCCUUAACAACGCAGGACAUAAAUGUACGUCCUGGUGAGGUGGUACUUAACGCACCAGGACGUACAUUUAUGUCCUAUACAUAACCGCAACGUAAAUGUAAGACGUUCAUGCGCGGCUGGUCCCGGCUGCUGAUAGCAUCCAGGGACCCGCCUGUAAUGGCCAACAUCCUCGAUUGUGCGGAUGUUCGCCAUUAACCCUUCAAAUUGCGGUCACUAAAAUGGAUGAUCGGAUUGUCCGCAGCGCUGCUGCGGCGAUCUGAUCAUUCAGAAUGGCUGACGGAGGUCCCCUGACCUGUCUCCGCUGCAUUUCACAGGUCUUCUGCUCUGGUCUGCGAUUGAGCAGACAAUACAAGAAGAUCACCGAUAACACUGAUCAGUGCAAUGCCCUAUGCAUAACACUGAACAGUAUUAGCAAUCGUAUGAUUGCUAUGAAUAGUAUGGGGACUAUUAAAGUGUAAAAAUAAAAGUUAAAAAAAAGGGGAAAAUCCCCCUCCCCAAUAAAAAUGUAAAUUGUCCCAUUUUCCCUUUUUCACCCCCCCAAAAAGUAAAAUAAAUAAAUAAUUUAUAUACAUAUUUGGUAUCGCUGCGUGCGUAAAUAUCCGAACUAUUAAAAUAAAAUGUUAAUGAUACCGUACGGUAAAAAAAAAAGUACAAAAUUGCUGCUUUUUUUUCUAACAUUUUAUUUUAAAAAAAUGUAAAAAAAAAAGUAUUAAGUCUUAUAUAAGCAAAUAUGGUAUCAAUAAAAAGUGCAGAUCACGGCGCAAAAAAUGAGACCACAUACCGCCACUUAUACGGAAAAAUGAAAAAGUUAUAGGUCUUCAAAAUAGGGGGAUUUAAACGUACUAAUUUAGUUAAACAGUUUGCUUAUUUUUUUUUUUUAAGCGCAACAGUUAUAGAAAAGUACGUUAUCAUGGGUAUAAUUUUAAUCGUAUUGACCCAAAGAAUAAAGAACACAGGUCAUUUUUACCGUAAAUUGUACGGCGUGAAAACAAAACAUUCCGAAAUUAGCAAAAUUGCUGUGUUCUUUUCAAUUUCCCCACACAAACAAUAAUUUUUUGGUUGCGCCAUACAUUUUAUGGUAAAGUGAGUGAUGACAUUACAACGGACAACUGGUCGCGCAAAAAACAAGUCCUCAUACUAGUCUGUGGAUGAAAAUAUAAAAAAGAGUUAUGAUUCUGUGAAGGCGAGGAGGAAAAAACAAAAAGGUAAAAAUAAAAUUGUCUGAGUCCUUAAGGGGUUAACCAUGUACAUAGGAUAUCUGACAUUUAUACAUAUAUCAUAUUCUGCAUCUCCAAACUUGUUACCAAUAAAAGUUUUCUUUCUUAUAUUAUUUAUUAUUCUUAUAUUCAUCUCCGCACACUGGACUUAUAAUAAAUGUAAUAUUGUCCCUGACGUUGUAUAUAGGGAAUGUAACGCGUCAGUGUUGUCCCCGCCCCCUUCUCAUUAUGAUUAUAGAGACUUUAAUUCAAGGCAUCAGACAGGAUCCGCGCGUC